ACUGCAAUUGGAUCAAAACCGUGAGACUUAUAAGUUAUAACUAGGGUUUUCUGCUCAUUCGGAAUUUCACUGCAAAACCCUAAAUCACAAUGGUCGGCGGCUUCGAGGUGGGUGCUGUUCCCUUCAACCCCGACGGAUGGGGGCCGCCGGAAUCAGCCUCUCCUCAUCUUCCCAACCACCCCAUCAACGUCCCCUUUGCCCCCUUCUCCCGCUCGGAUAAGCUUGGCCGCAUCGCUGACUGGACUCGCACCUACAACAACCCAUCUCGCAAUCCUCUCCGCAACCCCUCCGAUUCCGUUUUCGACUUCACUGGCGAUGAUUCUUUCGGCGCGGGCAUCGCGGCUGACGAGGACUCCUCCUUCCGCCUCGUCGACGGAAAGCCUCCUCCGCGCCCCAAGUUCGGCCCCAAGUGGCGCUUCCAGCAGCAGCGACAGCUUCCCCAGCGUCGCGACGAGGAAGUUGAGGCACGGAAGCGCGAAGCCGAGAAGGAGCGGGCUCGCCGGGACCGCCUCUAUAACCUCAACCGCUCUGGGGGUAACAACCAGCGACGCGAAGCGGCGGUAUUCAAAUCGUCGGUGGAUAUUCAGCCUGAAUGGAACAUGCUGGAUCAGAUCCCUUUUUCGACCUUUUCGAAGCUCUCGUUCUCUGUGCCUGAGCCGGAGGAUCUUCUUCUCUGUGGAGCAUUGGAGUUCUAUGAUCGAUCUUACGAUCGUGUUACUCCGAAAAAUGAGCGCCGGCUUGAGCGUUUCAAGAACCGGAAUUUCUUCAAGGUUACCACCACUGAUGAUCCGGUGAUUCGCCGACUUGCCAAUGAGGAUAAAGCAACCGUCUUUGCCACUGAUUCAAUACUUUCAACCUUAAUGUGCGCCCCCAGAUCGGUUUAUUCUUGGGAUAUUGUGAUUCAGCGAGUUGGGAAUAAGUUGUUCUUUGACAAGAGAGACGGGUCCCAGCUCGAUUUGCUUUCCGUACACGAGACCUCUCAGGAGCCCCUACCGGAGGCCAAGGAAGAUAUCAAUUCUGCUUAUUCUCUGAGUGUGGAGGCUGCAUAUAUUAAUCAGAAUUUCUCGCAGCAGGUUUUGAUUAGAGAUGGGAAUAAGGUGACUUUCGAAGAACCAAACCCGUUUGCUAAUGAGGGUGAAGAGGUUGCUUCGGUUGCCUAUAGGUAUAGGCGGUGGAAGCUUGAUGAUGAUAUGUAUCUUGUUGCUCGGUGUGAGGUUCAGAGUGUUGUUGAGGUUAAUAAGCAGAGGUCAUUCUUAACCCUGAAUGCUCUUAAUGAAUUUGAUCCCAAGUAUUCCGGUGUUGAUUGGAGGCAGAAGUUGGAGACCCAGAGGGGUGCUGUUUUGGCUACUGAGUUGAAGAACAACGCCAAUAAGUUGGCUAAGUGGACUGCACAAGCGCUGUUGGCAAGUGCGGAUUUGAUGAAGUUGGGGUAUGUGUCCAGGGUUCACCCCCGUGAUCAUUUUAACCAUGUGAUACUGGCUGUUGUUGGAUAUAAGCCUAGGGAGUUUGCAGCCCAAAUUAACUUGAAUACUACAAAUAUGUGGGGCAUAAUAAAGUCUAUUGUAGACUUGUGCAUGAAAUUGAACGAGGGGAAAUAUGUUCUAGUGAAGGAUCCAUCCAAGCCACAAGUGAGGAUUUACGAGGUUCCUGCUGAUGCAUUCGAGAAUGAUUAUGUGGAAGAGCCCUUGCCAGAGGAUGAACAAGUGCAACCUCCUGCGGAGGAGGCAAAUGGUGGGGAGGCAAAUGCAGCCAUUACUGAUGUUGAAGAGAAGGAAGUUACUGCUGAAGCUUAAAGGGAUAUGGAUUGAAAAAGAGCUAGCUAUGGAGGGAGACAUUUAAAACUCAAGUUCCCUGUUGAGGAGUGCUAAAUUUAAUCUGAAAUUUUGUUUUAAGCUAUUGUCUUAUUUCAACAAGCACCAUUUUCUCCUUGCAGUUUUACUUGGAUGGUGGAGGAUGAUUGUUGAGAAUUAGAUUGGAGAAUUUUGUUUUAACAAUCCAUUAAAGUUUAAUUUUGAUUUUAUGAGGACUUGCAAGUUUA